GAUAACGUGUGCCCGACGUUUGAUCAAUGAAAGCCAUUUGCGGUCUCCGGAAUAGAUUAAUCGAGAAUCGAGAGCAGACCGGCUUCUAAGCUGGUGGCUAGCAUUUUCCUCACGUCGUCAACUCGGGCCUUGUGUCGGUUCCGGCGUCUCUCGCAGCCAGUCGCCGCUUUUCCGCGCUUUCGUCGUGUUUUCAAAGGCGUAGGGUGUGUCUUUCAAAGUCUCGUGUGCGUUGAUUUUACCGCCUGUGAUCGAAGGAUUUUGUCACGUGUGAGCGGACCCUCGUAAAAUUGAUGAUUUGAUGAUCUGGUGGUCAGUCUCCCGGUUUUCGCAUAAAAUUUGAAUAACUUUUCGGUCUCGCCGUCGUGGAAACCUCGGACGGUGUGUUAGUUGUGAUUUGGAAGCUGCAAAAAAUGUGCCACACUUAGGAUUAACAUGCUUAUGUAAUUUCUCGCCCAAAUAAACGAGGUGGAAUAUUUUCUCAAAAUGGUUUGUUAGAUUCAAAAUGAUGCCUGUACUGAAGAAGUUAAGUUUCCUGUACAAUCCGUAUGUGCUUACGGUGCUUACUCUCGGAUACCUGACGUCCGAGAUGGGUCACUUCAUGAUCGGAGUGACAAGUAAGGCCACCGCCACAGACACGCAUUACGGAGACAUUGCUUGUCAGUACAAUAUGAGCGAUUCAUUUCAAGAAUUCAACUUCACCCUCUUCUCCAACUGCGAUGCUGCCAAGACCGAGGAAGCAUGUGCCAACCUGACUCUAGAUGAUGGUACACGGUACUGUGAGUUUGCCCACAAUGGUAAAGGCGUUGACUACCAGAUUAUUGCUGGGCCUUCAUUCAUCGCAGUUUACUCAAUUGUUGGGAUUUUCUUCGGUAUUUUAGCUGAUAAAUAUAACCGAGUCGCACUGUGUGCAGUAUGUUUUCUUAUUAUCGGAGUAUCUUUUGCAUUGACUGGAGCUGCUACAUCUUUCUGGCAACUGCUAGUCUUAAGAAUGAUCCUCGCCUGCGGUGAGGCUGGAGUAAAUCCCUUGGCCACUGGAAUCCUUUCGGACAUUUUCAAUGAGGAAAAGAGAGCCCUUGUACUCUCCCUCUUUAACUGGGGAAUCUAUGCUGGUAUUGGUCUUUCUUACCCGGUUGGACGUUACAUCACUGAAUUGGACCUGUGGGAUUUGGGCUGGAGAACACCAUACUACCUGACUGGAGUAAUUGCCUUCCUUGUAGCUAUAUUUUGUGCCUUCACUUUAUCUGAGCCAAAACGUAAGAUGAUCGGAGAAGAAGUUGAAGAAAAAGCUGAGGAGCAAGUAAAUGGAACACCACAGAAAGAGGAGGAACCCAAGACAGGAGAAUGGAAAGCAAUGGUUCAACCUCGAGUUUUAAUGUUGUUUGUCGCUGCUGCCAUCAGGCACACAGGUGGUUUAUGCUUUACUUACAAUGCUGAUCUCUUCUACCGGGAAGUCUUCCCUGACUGGGAUUUAAGCUGGAUGUUAUUCUUUGUCACCUUCAUUAUUGGAGCUAUUGGUGUUGUGUUUGGAGGAAUGAUCUCUGACAAAGUUGUUGAAAAGUACGGAACAAAAACAAGAGUAGCAGUUCUUGCUGUGAGCCAGCUGAUCGCAACUCCAUUUGCUUUUGGAAGUAUCUACAUGGGUCCCAUCGGUGCCAUGGUCACUUUGGCUAUAUCUUAUCUAUUCGCUGAAAUGUGGUUUGGAAUCUUAUUCGCCAUCUUGGUUGAAGUUGUUCCUUUAUCUGUAAGAUCAACGACAAUUGGAGUCUUCCUGUUCGUCAUGAACAUGGUUGGUGGUAACUUGCCCAUCCUAGUCGAACCUGUCCGAACAAGCAGUUCCUUUGCGGAUGCCUUAGCCAUUUUCUAUGCUGGUGCAUAUUUAAUAAGUUCUGUUCUGUUUGGUUUGGUGUUAGUAAUGCCUGGCAAAAAGAAGAAGGACCAAUCUGCACCUUUACCAAUGAAAGCCGGUAUUGAAAAUGGAGGUUUCACAACUAUUGAAAAAAUUGCCUCUCCUCCGUACUCCAAUGGAGUCGAGAAUGGCUAUCCUUAUGAGAGUCAUCACUUAUAAGUUGAAACUGGUACAAUUUUCCUAUUCCUUAUUCCUUAGAGUAAUGUAAUACACCAGCAGAUGUUGUAGCUGUCCCAGCGGUGUAUUGCCAUUUUUUGUGAUGAGUCGAUCGAAUUUUUUGUAUAUUAUUCCACUGCUAUGACUGUACCUUUCUUGAAACUGUCUGACUGAUGGCACUUUUGAGAGUGACUGUGAUUUUCAGUUAAACAUUUUCAUAUUACAAACAUAAGAUACUGAAGUCCUUAAUUUAUUGGAUCAAGCUUUUUUCAAAGCCAGGUUAAAAUUUAUUCAAUGUUGUAAAUGUCUCUCCUCACAUUCUACAUUGGAAUUUAAAUUAUAUUAAGUUUUGAAUGAUAGUUACCAUAAAUAUGAAUGGUCUCAAUACUUGUCAAUAUGUAUUCAUGACAAUCCACUCGGAGCUUAAAUUUUCUCAGACCCCAUCUCUGUGAUAGAGAAUAUCCUCACUCAUGUGCUAAUCACACAUCGGUCUACAUCUAACUUUUUCGCGUCUCUUCUUAAGAGAUCAGUUCAAGGAAACUAUUUCUAUCUUAGUGUAUCAAAACUUGUAUCAUCCAUUUUUUUUUUAUUUCUUCAUUUUAUUAGGGAUUUUUUUAUCUGUACCUUGCUCUUGUGAGGGGCUCGUUCUGUUUUUUAAGACAGUCCGAAGCUGACUCAAGACCCUCAGGAAGUGCCAACUGCAAUUCAGUUCUUAUCUUUAAAUUUUAAGUUGUGCAGUGAUGCAUAUUUUGCAAAUACUUAAUAGCCAUCUUUAAUUAUUUUUAUUCCUCCACUCCUGCUUAGCAAAAAAUAGUACUUUAUCGAUUGCACCUUUACUCUAUUCUGAAGUAAAACUAAUUUAAUCUUCAUUUUGUAAUUUGCAUCAAGACAGUAACGAGUACAUAUGUACUUACUGUGAGUCAAGUUCCUUGUCUACGAUUUAAGAAAUAAGGAAUCUAAAAAUCAGUGAUAAGUAAAGUCUAUUUAAUAAGUAAGUUGACUCAUCUAAUGCUCAACUGUUGUGUGCCAGACAAUUUGAAGUGUCAUACUGAUGUAAGAAAUUAACUGGAGUCUGUAUUUUCUCCACAAAUUCCAGCAGAAUUCCUUCCUAAAUAUUAUCUGACAGUUAGAAUCUCAUUUAAAGCAACCAGCGUUUUUUCAAAGAAUCGUAAUAAAAGUUUUCGAGUCUUAGACAAAUUUUAGUAAAGUUAUCCGUAGUUUUGGUUCUAGACUCAGCUCAAUAAAUUUACAGGAAAAAAAGAGAAAAAAUGACUCUCAGCUUGAAAACAAUUCAUUUGAAAUUUUUUUUGGAUUGUUGAAGCUAGGGCCUAGUUAUUUUAUUUAUUUGGAUACUCCAAAGAAAUGGAAUGCAUAAGAUACUCCGUGGAUUUGUUUUUCAAAGUUGUUUCGUAUAAUAGGAUUUGACAAUAUUUCUUGUCAGAUCAGAACUUUGUACAGUUUUAAACUUUGUAAAUAUGUAUUUGUACAGUUGUUUUCAGCAAAUCGAUUUUCUUCGUGCUUAAACUAGGUAUUUUUAGUCGAUUCCUUUUUUGCGCACAUUGUACAUAGUCGAUUUCCUUUGUUCGUAAACUUUAUCUGGCAAUCGCCAAUUUGUUGUAUGUACCUAUUUAUUUUAUUAUUUCUAGGAGUUAAAGUAUAUUUCUAAAGAUUUCUCUUAAUUUAUUAAUGAUCGAAUUCUUAGUUUUAUCCAACAACUUUAUUUUGUGAACCUCUUGAGCAAACAUUGUCGAUUUCUUUCUCUCUCCUCCAUUCUUUCUCUGUCUAAUUUCUCAGCCAUCAAAUUAGAUAUAUUUUUACUUGGUGUGAUGUAAAAAAUGUUUGUUGGAGGUGAAGCUCCUCUCUCUCUGUCUUCCUGAACAUUAUUAACUGAUUGUACUCAGAACUUGCUUCAAUGUUUGCAAAAUUUUAUUGUUGGUAAUUGUGAUAAAAAAUCAAUUUUAUUUAUUUUGUACUUUAGCUCUGUAAUUGAGUAAUUAUGAGACAAGUAAACAUCAUCAAUUAA